AUGAGGCUGGGGAGGCCGGGCUCGGGCUCGGGCCCUCGGGGAGGAGCGCUCGGCUUCCCGCUCGGCGCCGCCUGGCUCCUGCUGGUCGGCGCGUGCGCCGCAACGGCAGCAACGCUCGCGGCGGAUUUGAAUUCGGGCCGUGAGCUCGCGCCGGACAGGCCCGGGGGCCCCCCGCCGGACAGGCCCGGGGGCCCCCCGCCGGACAGGCCCGGGGGGCCCCCGCCGGACAGGCCCGGGGCCCCCCGCCGGACAGGCCCGGGGCCCCCGCCGGACAGGCCCGGGGGCCCCCCGCCGGACAGGCCCGGGGGCCCCCCGCCGGACAGGCCCGGGGGCCCCCCGCCGGACAGGCCCGGGGGCCCCCCGCCGGACAGGCCCGGGGGCCCCCCGCCGGACAGGCCCGGGGGCCCCCCGCCGGACAGGCCCGGGGGCCCCCCGCCGGACAGGCCCGGGGCCGCGCUGCGGUUUUACGGGCGGAGCGGGGACGUGCUGCGGAUGGUAAAAGAGCAGACGGCUCACGGUCACGGCUCCCCGCCGCCCGGAGCGGCCCGGCUUCGGCGGCAACGGCCGGAGCCGGGCGAGGCUGCUCCCUCCUUCCAGCUGGACACGCUGGACGGCCCGCUGGCCUACCCGCUCCGGGAGGCCGCCGCGCUGCUCUUCCACGCCUUCACCAACAAGUCGGGCUUCCUCGAGUGCCUGUGGACGGCGCCGGAGUCGCUGGGCGCCCUGGUGGCCGGGGAGCUGCCCGACAGCAGCCAUGUGCUCUUCAUGUCCUUCGACGACAGCGCGGCCCAUGAUGUCAGGUGGAUGAAGCAGCAGCUGGUCAGCUCCAUGGAAAAAAGGGUGAAGAAUGCCACCAGAAUGAAAGAUUUGCUGUCUCGACUUCACUUUGUUCCUGUUCCUAUCUAUGCUCUGGGGAACUGGAUCCCUGAGCUUUUCUAUUCUUGGACUUGUAAAGGACACAAUUGUGGAUUCUCUCAAGCAAUUUUCACUUCACCAGAAUGGGAAAUGAUAGUUAUUGCCAAGCGAUUGGAUGCCAGAUACGAUUGGCUGAUGCAAUCCUGGAAAUCAGAACCUUACCUUAUCAAGAAUGGUGGAGAUGGCUGCAGUAUUUCCUCUCAUGUUAAAGAUGCUGCAGCCUUGGUCUCUGAUGAAGGGAAUUGUUCACAUUUUGCUAAGGUCCAAAAUAUGGCAUUAUCUGGUGCAGCAGGAGUCUUAGUUUAUGUAGGCCUGGGUCAACCAUUACAGGAUAUGAACUGUGAGGAGGAGGAAUGCAGCAGUAUUAUAAAUAUUCCAGCUUCAAUGGUGCAUUUUGAGAAGGAUGUGAUCGCUGCAGUAAGAGAUGAUAAACAAGUGAAUGUGGUCUUACAAAAUACACCUUCAUCUACUUUUUUCUUCGGCAUUGAUCUGGAAGGAAAGCUGUCAGAAAUGGGCUGGUUCCUCUAUCCAACAUUUAAGUUUAUGGUCUGGCAAGCUCAAUGGUUUAAUUAUAUGAGGGGUUUGGAUGAUAAACUUCAGAGACCGGCUAUCAUAGUGAACGUGUUCAAUGAAGUUUUAAUGCAAGGAGAUGAUGGAGUAUUCGCAACUGUUGAACUUCCAGAAGACUUAUCUUCAUUUAACAUUCUGGAACUUGAUGCUUCAUUAUCAUGCCCUGGAACAAGAGAUGAAUCAUGUGCCCAUUGGGAUCAUACAGUUCAGCUUUAUGUAUGCUGUGAGCAGAAUAGCUCGUACUGUAAUCUUGAGCUUGGGAGAUGGAUUACCCCAUUCCGCAGACGUGUUGGCCAUUGGUUAACUGAUGUCUCACCCUUGCUUCCCCUGCUUAAUCAAAACACGUGUACUUUCAAUAUAAAGACAGCACCCUGGGCCAUGCCCUGGAAACCAUCUCUCAAUCUUCGUUUCAGUGAGAGUGGCCAGACAGAAUCGGGUAAUUCAUCUAUGCUGCAUCCCUUUGAGGUAAAGCAGCUUUUCACGGGUGGCACGUUUGACAGAAACUACAACAAGAAAUAUCAACCCAUUAAAUUUGUUGUGCCAUCCUUGACCAAGAAGGUUGAACUCUAUGUUGUGAUCACUGGCCAUGGAAGUGAUGAAAAUGGCUGUGGAGAAUUCUGUGUCACUUCUCAUUAUUUUGUAAUCAAUUCAAAAAUUAAUAAUUCAAAAACAUUUGACAAUGCUGGGACAGCAUUUGGUUGUGCUGACAAAGUUCUGGAAGGUGUAGUCCCCAAUGAGCAUGGGACAUGGCUCUACGGGAGAAAUGGGUGGUGUGAUGGACAGGAUGUGGCACCAUGGAGAACAGAUGUCACUGACCAGGUGAACUUAGGUGGGAUAAACGAUAUCUUGUAUUUUGGCUUGUUCGAAGGCAAAGAUCCAGACCCCAAACAGAAUCCUGGAUACAUUAUAUUGUAUUCCUACCUUAUAUUCUACAAGUAAAUUGUCAAAGCUUUUUAUCCAGGGCGUGAAAUUAGCAUUACCUCAGGAGCAAUUUUCUACCAAAUAUUAGAAAUGUGCUACUGAGAUGAGAAUCUCUUGGCAUAAUGUAACUGUCUGUAAGCUGUUUUGUUGCUGUUUGUUGUCACAAUCACUGUCUGCCAAUUGUAAGACCCAGAAUGAACAUCAGUCAUGGGCAGGAUCAGAAGCCACCAUUUCAUAAUUUAACUUGCAAUCUUGUUCACUUAUGGUUGCACAAAAGUUUGGAAGAGCAAUGCAGAAUCAUAAUUGUCCAGAUUUGCUAAUUUUUUGGCCAGAAAUAUACUUAUUUAUAUCCAAGCAGCAACCUUUUCUGCUGUUAUCAAUUUAAUAUUUAACCCUGAUUCCUUUACUUAUUCGUUUUUCUACAGAAACUCCAAAAUAGGUAUGAUUGUUUUAAGUUUUUAGUGGCCAUUUUUCUUCAUGUCUUCUGUAAUUGAUCUUAUGAAAAUGUGGUUCAUUACAUUUUGAACCUGUAAUUUUGGGGGAAGGUUACUGAAGAUUAGCUGUAUCAAUAUAUAUCGCAAUGGCAGUGGUUGCGUAUUGCUUUCUUUAUCGAAAAAAUGACCUUACAGAAUUGAAAGAUGACUACUGAAAACCAGGAUUCCUGAUGGACCUGUCUCACAAAACUAUGCUGAAGUACCUAAUUUGUUAAUCGCAUCACCACUGCCAGAAAUCUGACUGCACAUCACAGUAAGAUUAUCGAAAUUGCCUUUCAAUUUUCCAUUCUCUUCUUUCCUAUCCUCAGUUCAUGAGCUAUAAUGAACAGUUUCCCAUUUUUUAAAAAAAUUGAUUCAUUUGGUUGUAAUCAAGCAGUGCUGUAUGUGUUUAGCCACAUUGUCGAAAAAUGCAAAAGUAUUUGAUCAAAACUUCUAACUGGAAACUUUCAUGUUGCCUAGUUUAAAAUUAUGCUGCAAACUGACUAGAGGGUUAAAUAUGGUGCUUCAAAUCAGACCCCAACCCCCAAUACCCCAGUGUAGGUAGCACAACAGCUACUGUGAAGAUGUCUCUGACUUGUUAUUCAUAAGUUUUUUUUGGAAAUGAACAUACACAUCAGUUUCAAUGUCGGAGACAAAUGACUUCAAAGUGAAAUUUGUUUUAUAUACCUCGGGGUUACUAAAACCUAUUCUGAGGAUUGGAACAUUCAGCUUUUGUGAUGGAUAUGUUAGUCACGUUUACCAGAGUAUUUUAAGAUAUUUUGAGAGGAUUAACAUUUUGCACGAUUGCAGGAUUUGUAUUCUGCUAGCACCACUACAAAAUUAAGUGCAUUCUCCCUGUUCGAAAGACUAACUUGCUGUGUUUAUGCUUUGACUGGUAGUGUGUUCUUGCAUGCAAAUGUUUUAUGGGUCUAAUUGGCUUAGUUUUUUACCAUUUUUUACUGUAUAUUUCUGUCGGCGGUCGGGCCUUCAGCCUCUGUCCCCGCCCUCUGGAACUCCAUCCCACAUUCCCUUGGCCUCACUCCCUCACUUUCCAUCUUCAAGGCACACCUCAAGACCCUCCUCUUCGGCCACCCUCCUACCCUCUUUGCCCUCCACCCUCCACAAUUCCAACACCCACCCCUCCCUCCCUCCCUCCAUGUUCCGUGCCUUGGGACAUCUUCCCGACGUGAAAGGUUUUUUAAAAUGUAAACUUGUAUUUGUUGCAUUGAUUCAUAUUACCAUUUUUUUAUCACAAAGCCAUACACAGGUUUUCUAGGUCUAUUUGUAAAACUGGAACAUUAUGGAAUUACUGCAAAAGUCACCCACCAAGUCCAAAAUGUACCUCCACAUAAAUUUUGUUUCAUAGCUUUUGCUAUUUUUGAUUUAGGCACUAAAACAGUUAUUCCAAGUAAAUGCAAUGAUCUUUGAGUGAUUGUAAACAAUGCUACGCAUAUACCUAAAACUUGGCAAGAUAUAGAAAUUGAUAGAUUAGGCACAAAAUAAAAACAUUGGUUGAUGAAAUUUUUAUAACUUUGCGAGUACUAUAGUUGAAUUUGAGUAGCUUUCUAACGCUGUUUUAGAUGGUUUCUAAUCUUUAAUAUAUGUACAAAUAAGUACAUUCAAAUAAAUGAUUUAAUCUAAAUAAACGUGUAACUUGAUGCAUUUGAAAUGAGCAUUUUUGAUUGAUGACGUAUACUUCUGCCUAUAAAUAGAUUCUGAGACGCACAUAUAUUUUAUAUUGUCAGGGAAGCAUGUAAGAAAAUUGGCCUAAAGGCAGACUUGGUUGCCGUUUCACCAAUUUUUGUUUUUUUCGUGCUUACUGCACCGAGGCUUUGUUUGCAAACGUAUUUCAUUUUGACUUUCACUUAUUCUCCUGGGGAGAAAAUGCCAUCUAGUUCGAGAAUUAAGUUUUUUCUUAUUUUAGAGCAUGCAGUUGGACAGUUCUUAAAUAUUCAAUUAUAACUUUGAAGCAGAAACUCUACAAGUUUCUUUAGGAACAACUCAAAAAACCUGAACAACUGAAUUCUAAAUACGACAGAGUUCGUGAUACUCUACGAGACUCCUUUUCAAACUGUCGCAGAGUUUCAAGGAUAAAAUAUGGACAUAUUUCAGUAACUGGCUGAAGGGAAGGGAACACUAGAGGUUAGAGGUAGGAAUGGGACAUUGCGGGGGAGAUAUUGAGUUAGGAUGCGCUACUUUGUUGUGUGCAUGAAUGAUCUAGAUCCAGUUUAAGAUAGUCAAAUUUUAAUUUUAAGAUUGGAGAACACUGGAGUAGAAACCAAAAUUUUCCACACACAAUGGCACCCUUCAAUCUUAUCAUGACUUUGUCAAUCAGAUCUUACACAGGGAACUUGAAAUACUCAUUAUUGGCAAAUGUAGUAUAGAUCAGUGCAAGAUGCAGAUAUAGAUAACAAAUUAGAACUCAGACUGUUGAAACUAGGGUCAAGAAAUCAUUCUUCACACGCAGGUUAAUUAAGAUAUUGAAUGCAGUUCUCCAAAAGGCUGCAAAAACAAUCAAUAUGGAUGUUUAAAAGAUAGACCUCGAUAAUAGAGGUAUUGAGGGGUGUGAUUAAAAAGGCGAGAUCUAAUUAACCAGUGGAACACGUUCAAUGGGCUGAAUGGCCUCCUUUUCCUAUUCACUUAACAGGAAAAUAUUCGAAAUCAAUGUUGGCAACAUGUAUCCUCUCACAGCGUUCCUUAUUAGAGCUGGCUCGAUGUUGAGCACCACCACUGUUAAUCACUCCCAAGAUGCUGCCCUGCGUGAGAGGCACUAUUACAAAUGCAAGUUGUUGUAGUAGGGCAGUUGUGGACAAUCUCUGGCAAGAAGUGACCCCUGAACAUUCGCACGAGUCUAAGUAAGUCCUGUUCGAUCGGUAGUGUGGUUUCAGUUUUUCUUGAUUGAAAAUUUCUUGCUUUAUGGCAUAUUUUGUAGAGGCAUAUGAAAAGCUGAGUGAGAUACAGAAGGUAACCCAGAAAAAUACUUUAACGUCCAUCAGCACAGGAGAAGACUGGUGGGGAAGGCCAAUUUUAGAAUAGGUGUAAAGAAGUGCUUAUUUACACAGAGGGUAAUCAGAAGCUGUGUGUGUUACAAGGAAGGGCAUGACCCAUUUAAGAGUUUAGGGAAUGAGGCAUUUAAGAAUUAGCUUGAUGCUGUAAUGGAAAGAAUGUGGAUUGGUAUUCCAGAA